AUGAUCCUCAAUAAUCGAACACAGUUAAAUAUCACUGUUAAUCUGCAGCGUGAGGGGAUCCUGGGGAUAGUGACAACGUCCACUUUGACAACACUGCAGUGCACCGUGUUUCUUUUCAUUAACAUUACGAUGUUAUACACUUUGAGAAGCAAGGAGGUGUUUCGAGUGACCUCUCGGUAUAUUCUUUUGUUUAACCUUCUAUUUGCAGAUACCGUCCAGCUGGCACACAGUCAGUCAAUGUUUUUACUGUCCUCUUUCAGACUGACAUUACUGUAUCCUGUAUGCGCUGCUUUGAUAGUGUUCAACAGUCUAACACUCUUUGUCUCUAUUGCCACACUGGUGAUUAUGUGUUUAGAAAGAUACAUUGCUAUUUGCUAUCCUCUCAGACAUAGUGCCAUCAUCACCAUCAGGAACACAGGAGUGGCUAUUUGUGUUAUUUGGAUUACAGGUUUAUUACAUGGCAUAAUACAGUUAAGUUUAAUAUUAAGGUUUUCAUUUCGAGAUCUGCAGCUCACACAGAUGAUGGAUUUCUGUGGAAAGGAGAGCGUUUUUCUUGAUCCAGCAUCUGAUCUUUUUCAAAAAACUUUUACUUAUUUUUUCUUUGUGUUGGGAGGUGUAACAGUUGUUUUCACCUAUACUGGUAUCAUGGUAGCAGCUCACUCAGCUUCCACUGACAAAGCAUCCGCCAGUAAGGCUCGAAGGACCCUGCUACUGCAUCUGCUGCAAAUGGGCCUCACAGUGUCCUCAACAAUAUACUACUCAGUGAUUAUAGCUAUUUCAAAGCAUCUAGGGAGACUUGAAGCCGUGCGUAUCCAGGUUUUUCUUUAUAUUUGUAUCAUUGUUCUCCCCAAAUGUCUGAGUUCACUAAUCUAUGGCCUCAGAGAC